AUUACGUAGGAGCGUCGAAUUUUUGGAAUUUAUAAUUUCUAGUCACAAUGGGGGGUUGGUUGAGCUACCUAUGGUGGGGAGGUGAUCCCGAAGAAGUAAACCCUGUAUCCGGUCUGACGAGGAGAGAGGUACACGCCGUGCAGAAGUCCUGGGCGCCCGUUAACAAAAACUCCGUGGCUACCGGCACUGAGCUGCUCAAAAGAUUUUUCCGCGCUUACCCAGACGCCAAAGAUUUCUUCAAAAUGAUAGCAAAGCUAUCAGAGGAAGAAUAUUCGGAUAAUUUCCAAUUCAAGGCUCACGUUAUCAAUUUGAUGGCGGCAUUAAACCAAGCGGUAACUAACCUCAACCAGCCCGAAGUUGUCGCAGUUAUGAUGAAUAAAAUCGGAGAGUCACAUAAAAGGAGGAAAAUUCAAGAACAACAUUUUCAUGACUUAAAAGAAGUUAUUGUGAAGAUGUUCAUUGAAGUACUGAAACUAGACGACUCUACACUCGGCGCUUGGGGCAAGACAGUUGGCUUUUGGUACAAACACAUAUUCGAAACAUUGAACACAGAUAGAUAGGAACUUAAUUUAUUUAAAGACUAAAAAAUAAACACUUUUAUUAAUUAGAUUGG